UUACCAGGCCGGAGAAGGCGUCGUUGGAAACCGGGGCGGUUAUAAAUCCUGAGAGAAGAAACGCAAGCAGCUUGGAGGAUGACGGGGUCGCGGUUGGCUCGCGGGUCGAACGGAUCGAGAACGAAGAGCAGGAGGAGGAUUACGAGGGCGAGGACGAAUACGAGGACGAGUUGAAGGCCGUGGCCGAGUCGCACGAGGCGAUGUCGAGGGACGACACUAGGAAUUCGAACGUCUCCGCGGCACCGUCCACGCCAGGAAUCCCGGACAGGAUCUCGUCUCCCUCCAAGAAUUUCGACUCGCGCGAAGUGAUCGCUGUCAAUAACAGCUCCGACGAAGAUGUCGCCUCGAACGAGGCCAUUACCGACGAGAUCGUCGAUAAAUACGACCAGGAGGUGGUCGAGCUGGUGAAGUACAAGAAGGAGCGGAACCACGGCGAGGGUAAUCGGACGAAGACGAAGCGCGUGCCCACCGUGAAGAAGGAGCUGAGCACGCAGAAGGAGAUCCUGAUAGGGAGCAGGAACGAGACCCAGGUGUCGAAGAGCGUGCCACCAUCGGAGGAGGGCGUGAAUCGGUUGAACGAGGAACUGGAGCCGAUUCGAAGGAGGAACGUGGUCGAGCCGGUCAAGUCGGAGAGAUCGCGAGGCGAGGACGAGAUCGUAGCGGACGACGAUCGAUACUCGAGGAGGAGCGAUGCGAGGAAAUUGGACAAGAGGCAAGAAACGACCCUCAAGGAUCUGAAAUCCUACUUGCUGGCGGGGUACGCGACCAAGCUUCGAAAAUUGGGGACGCGAGAAGACGCUCUACUGGACGAUUUGCUGCAACUUUUGAUGAAACUGGCCGAAGAUCCGAGGCGUUGGGAACGGCUGCACAAACUACUCGUGAACAGGGAAAACGAGCUGAAGCUGUCUAGAGACGAGUUGGAGCCAGAUAAGCGCAGCUACCAGCCCACCUUGAAUCUAUUUUCAACCGAAUCCACGAACGAGUCGAGGAAAUCGCGAAAAAAGUCGAAGAAGAAGAAGAAGAAGCCUAAGCAUCGUCUCUCCACGACCCCCUUGACUUCCGUAUCGGCCACACCUCCGCUAUUGACCACCACAGAGAUACCGUGGCAAACGACGCCUGUUCAAUGGCGUCUGAUAGCGGAGAGACUGUUUGGACCUCCUUGGAAACAAGACGUUCACGGUGAAACCGAACAAGAGACCAGUCACUCUUCUCCGCAAAGUCCAAGAAGCCUGGCCUCUAUCAGAGACCUGAUCGAGGAGGACAAGUCGAACGGGAAGCCAAAGACUUUUCCAUCCGAUAGAAAACCGAUAUUGGCGAACCAAGUUGGCGAACUUGGCAAUCAAAGGCUGAUGCGGUUUGGCAAGAUUGGAAAUCGUCAGCCUGGUCACGUUCAACAACGCAGAGAGUUCGCGAGCGUGUACGACAGGCCUAUAGAUCCUGAACGAAUGCCGGAUUACGACAUACCGGAAACGUAUCAUCGGCCGCGAUACGAUCAAUUGUCACCAGCGUCGAGGGAGCUCGUUCGAGGGCGGGAGGAGGAGGAGGACUAUCGAGGCGACUUCAACGUUCAAUCGGAUGGAUAUCCCAUCGAUCGAGAAUACGAGCAACGAGAUUUCCGGUUGAGCAAGAGCUGGCCCGACCUCUCCUACGGUGGAUACGACCCACNCUGGAGAACCCAGGAGGAACGCCCCCCUUUACCUCUAACCUCCGAGAAGUGGUCUUGGAGGCAACCACCCAACAAGUAUUGGCCUCAUCGUGUAAACUUCCCACCAGUGGAGAAGAAUUACUGGUCCGCGUUUCGCAGUCAGGAGGAGGAGGAGGAGGAGGAGGACCCUAGGAACGAGAAGACGUGGCAACAGCAACGGAACGUUCACCGUUCCUGGAACACCAGGGACAGAUCGAGUUGGCCAGCGGAGAAAGCUUCGAAACCUGUCUCCUCGUGGCAGCAAGCCGUGGAAACGAGGCCUGCGAAAUCGUACGAAGGGAAGAAGGGCGUUUGGGAGAAGAGCAAGAAUAGAUCCGAGGCGAGUAAAUCGGCGAAGGAGGAGUCCUCCUGGAUAUCGAAAAUCCAGGGGGGAGGGGAGAAGAGUUCGUGGGCUGUGAGGGGCGGUGGUUCGUGGUCGUCGACCAAGUCGAACGAGUCUUGGAACGAGUCGAGAACGGGCGAGGACGCGUCCAAGUUCGGGGGAGACCCGUCGUGGCCCGUGGCGAAGGCGAAGGAGGAGGAUCCCAACGAUGGCUGGGCGAGGAGGAAGCCGGGCGAGCGGGCUGGUUGGGGAGCGAAGAGCCCCAACGAUCUGUCCCCGUGGCAGCAGAAGAUGAGCGAGGAAUGGGGUUACGGGAAGACGAGCUCGACGGGCACUUGGCCCGCCAAGUGGAAACAGUUCGCCUACCACAGGGUGACCGCGAUGCCGAUCUCGAAGCCGGGGACCACGGCCGACGCCGCCUCGUCCAAGUCGAGGAACAACGCUUUCGUGGCCGUGUCCGCGGUCUCCUCGCCCAAGUACGGCGGAAACGAGUGGAGGAGGAACGAGGAGGACGCGAGGAACGAAAAUGAAAGGCGGGGCGGCGAGGAGCAGGAACGUUCGGGUAAUAAUCAGGUGCAGGUGGGCCUCGAGCGACCCAUCUACGCGUGGAAGAAGGACAAAGGCAAUGGAACCGACCCGCUCGAGAACCAGUUGGAAGCACUCAGACAGAUUGACUUCUGGUCCUACAAAGAGAACGAGGCCGAGAAGAGAUUGACGUCAACGAGAGCAACCACGGAGACGACGUCCUCGACCCCGAAGAACAACUCGACCACGGCCACGAUGCAUCGUCGAGGGCCCCUGAUCACCGACAAUGGGAACGGCUUGCUCGAAACCAAUCGUCGGACGAUCUCGAUGAAAUAGAUCGAGGCUCCAUCCCUAGAUCCUUGAUCUUGCCCAAUGGAUACCGUCUGUUCAGUCGACAAUAGGCUACGCGAAGUCUCCUAGCAAUUUCCAACGACUCUCUGGCCCCCUGCCAACAUCCACUGGAACCCUUUUGGCCAGUCACUCUUCGAUAUCGCUCACAAAAUAUCUUUUCUUUUACCUUUUUGUUUUCGUUGUUUUUGCCUCUUUUUUCUCCGUUAUUAAUCAUCUUGUUAUUUAUGAACGAUCUUGUUUAUCGUUUUUGUAUCAUUUUUUAUUUUGUUUGUUAUUUUGUUUUAUUUAUAUAUUAUUUUUUUCUACCUUUCUCUCUCUCUCUCUCUCUUUUUUUUUUUUAAUGAUUUCUUGGAAAGAACUAGCAUCGUAGUAGUGUCGUUGAGUCUUGAUGACCCUUGUGCCAUAUUUGUCGAGCGUACGUGGGCGUGUAAAAAGAAUCAAUGGCUCGAGGAAAUGUUACUUCUACUAAAGGGAAAGAACGGAACGGGAAAUCUUGCUUCAAUUUUUUCGUUUUUAAUUCUUUUUUUUUUACACCGAGCUUUUAUAUUUACAAAAGCGUCUUUCCUUCGCUUCUUUACGAUUCUCUAUCGAACAGACAUACAGUUAAUUUCGGUAACGAGGAUCCUCGUGAAUUUUUCAACCUCUUUAACUCGCUUUAAUUCC